AUGGGUGAUACCGCUACUGCCGCCGCCACUCUCGGCCUCACCAGGCCCAACGCCGCCGUCGAAUUGCCUCAGAUUAGCUUUGCAGCCAAAGACAUUGAAUUCUCGGACUGGCAUGGCGACAUACUCGCGGUUGCCGUGACAGAGAAGGACGUGCAGCCGCCGCAAGCCUCGGACUCCAAGUCGUUCGAGAACGCCGUCCUGAAGAAGUUCGACGGCCAGCUCGGUGGCCUGCUGCGGGCCGCGGCGGCAGAGGAGGAGUUCACCGGCAAGCCUGGGCAGUCGGUGGUUCUCCGCGUGCAGGGGCAGCGGUUCAAGAGGGUGGCUCUCGUCGGUUUUGCGGCCCGCAGCGCCGGUUGCCUGCAGGGCCUAGGUGAAUCCGUCGCGUCGCUUGCCAGGGCCGCUCAGGCUACCAGCGCCGCCAUCCUUCUCGCCGCCCCCGCUGUGAUCCGACAAGAGUUCAGGCUGAAUACUGGCGCGGCAAUUGCUUCUGGAACUGUUCUUGGACUGUAUGAGGACAGCAGAUACAAGUCUGAAGGGAAAAAGGUGCAUCUGAAACAGGUAGACCUAAUUGGGCUGGGAUCUGGUCCGGAGGUGGAUCAGAAACUUCACCAUGGUAACCAUCUUUCAUCGGGCGUCAUGCUUGCGAGAGAUCUUGUGAACUCUCCUGCAAAUGUCCUGACACCGGCCGCUCUCGCGGAGGAGGCGGCGAAGAUCGCUUCGACACACAGCGAUGUCUUCACAGCCACAAUAUUAGAUGCUGAGAAAUGCAAAGAACUGAAGAUGGGCUCCUACUUGGCAGUUGCAGCGGCUUCUGAAACAAACCCACCUUACUUUAUCCACCUGUGUUACAAACCCAUUGGUGGUAAUGUCAAGAGAAAGCUGGCUCUUAUUGGGAAGGGCAUAACAUUUGACAGUGGUGGCUACAACAUUAAGGCCGUACCAAUCGCCACCAUUGAGCUUAUGAAGAAGGACAUGGGAGGUGCGGCGGCUGUGUUUGGUGCAGCAAAAGUUUUGGGCCAGAUCAAGCCUCCUGGAGUUGAGGUUCAUUUCAUAUCUGCUGCGUCUGAAAAUAUGAUUAGUGGCUCAGGCAUGAGACCCGGUGACAUCGUGACUGCUUCUAAUGGGAAGACAAUCGAGGUAGAUAACACGGAUGCGGAGGGGAGGCUUACACUUGCUGACGCUUUGGUCUAUGCUUGUAACCAAGGUGUUGACAAGAUUAUUGAUCUGGCGACGUUAACAGGUGCCAUUCGUGAUGCACUUGGGCCUAGCAUUGCUGGGAUUUUUACACCAAGUGAUGAGCUAGCCGAGGAAUUUGCGGCCGCCUAUGAGGUCUCCGGAGAGAAGUUCUGGAGGCUGCCGAUGGAGGAGAGCUACUGGGAGUCCAUGGAGUCCAGCAUCGCUGAUAUGCUCGCCGCCGGGCCUUUGCAUCCCAAAGCCGGCGCUAUCACUGCCGCAUUGUUCCUGAAACACUUUGUUGAUGAGAAGGUUCAGUGGAUGCACAUCGACAUCGCCGGCACAGUCUGGAGCAACAAGAAGCGGGCGGGUACUGGCUUCGGAGUCACCACCUUGGUGGAGUGGGUUCUCAGCAACUCGUCAUGCUGA